UACUAAGUAAUCAUUAAUCAUGUCAGUCUCCGCAUCCAAAGCUAAAAGAGAACAAAAAAGAUUGGAAAGAGAAGCCAAAAAGGAGGCAGCUGGUAAAACUACCAAAAAGACUAAAAAGCAAGCCGCUAAAGAUGCUGAAGAAGAUGAAGUUGAAGAUUCUCAAGCUCAAAUUGCUAAAUUAAAAUUACAACAAGAUGAUGAUGGAAUUUCUGAUAGAGUUACAACUGGUGUUUUAGAAUCUUUACAAACUUCAAGAGAUAUUAAAAUUUCUUCUGUAUCUUUAUUAUUUCAUGGUAAAGUUUUAUUACAAGAUUCAACUUUAGAACUUAAUUAUGGUCGUAGAUAUGGUUUAUUAGGUGAAAAUGGUUGUGGUAAAUCUACAUUUUUAAAAGCUAUUGCUGCAAGAGAAUAUCCAAUUCCUGAUCAAAUUGAUAUUUAUUUAUUAAAUGAACCUGCUGAACCAACAGAAUUCUCUGCUUUAGAAUAUGUUGUUCGUGAAGCUGAACAUGAAAUGAAAAGAUUAGAAGAUUUAAUUGAAGAUAUUAUUGUUAAAGAUGGUCCUGAAAGUGCUGCUUUAGAACCUUUAUACGAAAAAGUUGAUGCAAUGGAUCCUUCAACUUUUGAAGCAAGAGCUGCUGUUAUAUUAACUGGUUUAGGAUUUAAUUCUAUUACUAUAAAGAAAAAGACUAAAGAUAUGUCUGGUGGUUGGAGAAUGCGUGUAGCUUUAGCUAAAGCUUUAUUCGUUCAACCAACUUUAUUAUUAUUGGAUGAUCCAACUGCUCAUUUGGAUUUAGCUGCCUGUGUUUGGUUAGAAGAAUAUUUAAAGAGAUUUGAAAGAAUUUUAAUCUUAGUUUCUCAUUCUCAAGAUUUCUUAAAUGGGGUAUGUUCAAAUAUGAUUGAUAUGAGAAUGAAACAAUUAUUAUUAUAUGGUGGUAAUUAUGAUUCUUAUGUUAAAACUAGACUGGAACAAGAAACCAAUCAAAUGAAACAAUAUAAUAAACAACAAGAAGAAAUUGCUCAUAUUAAAAAAUUCAUUGCAUCGGCUGGUACUUAUGCUAAUUUAGUUAAACAAGCCAAAUCUAGACAAAAGAUUUUGGAUAAGAUGGAAGCUGAUGGAUUAAUUCAACCAGUUGUACCUGAUAAAGUAUUUACUUUUAGAUUCCCUGAUGUUGAAAAAUUACCACCUCCAGUUUUAGCUUUUGAUGAUAUGUCAUUCUCUUAUAGUGGUAAACCAGAAGAUAACUUAUAUGAACAUUUGGAUAUUGGUAUUGAUAUGGAUUCAAGAGUUGCUUUAGUUGGACCAAAUGGGGUAGGUAAAUCUACUUUAUUAAAAUUAUUCCAAGGUAUAUUACAACCCCAAACUGGUAGAGUUAUUCAACAUACUCAUAUUAAAUUAGGAGUUUAUUCACAACAUUCUGCCGAUCAAUUGGAUUUAACCAAGACUCCAUUAGAUUUCGUUCGUGAUAAAUUCUCAAGUAUUUCUCAAGAUUAUCAAUACUGGAGACAACAAUUAGGUCGUUAUGGUUUAACUGGUGAAGGUCAAACUUCUCAAAUGGCUACUUUAUCUGAAGGUCAAAGAUCUAGAGUGGUAUUUGCCUUAUUAGCCAUUGAAGCUCCAAACUUGAUUUUAUUGGAUGAACCUACUAAUGGUUUAGAUUUAUCAACUAUUGAUUCUUUAGCUGAUGCUAUUAAUGCUUUUAACGGUGGUGUUGUUGUCGUGUCCCAUGAUUUCAGAUUAUUAGAUAAAGUUGCUAAGGAUAUCUUUGUCAUUGAAGACAAGACUGCCACCAGAUGGGAAGGUUCAAUUUUAGAUUAUAAGAAGAAAUUGGCCGAUAAAGUCGUUCUUUAGGUAUAUAGUUAAUCCACAUUGAUACUUUUUUUGCACCCAAUUUAUUUUUUCACUUGUAGCGUUCCUAACUGCAC